AUGGACUACUAUGGACUACUAUGGACUACUAUGGACUACUAUAAACUACUAUGGACUACCAUGGACUACUAUGGACUACUUUGGACUACUAUGGACUACUAUGGACUACUUUUGACUACUAUGGACUACUAUGGACUACUAUGGGCUAUUGUGGACUACUAUGGACUACUAUGGACUACUAUGGACUACUUUGGACUACCAUGGACUACUAUGUACUACUUUGGAUUACUAGGGACUACAAUGGGCUACUAUGGACUACUAAGGCUACUAUGGAAUGCUACGGACUACUAUGGAUACCUAUGGACUACUGUCGACUACAAUGAACUACUAUGGACUACAAUGAACUACUAUGGACACCUAUCGACACUAUAG